CGAAUGUCAAUUCCAUCUCAUGGAGUCGACUCGCAACCGCUGGAUGCGAAAGAGGAAUAUACAAUAACAAAUGAAGGAAUAUACACAACACCCAAAAUGGAACGUUUUUUGACCGUGUGAAGAGAAGGAAAAAAGACUGGCUCUCCAUCCAUGCUGACGGCACGAGGCAGCCGAGCUGCAACUCCACUCAACCCACUCUGGGAAGCCGGUUAUUGGUCGCCUACGGCGAGUUUCCGAAACUAGGAAUGCUCUGUGCUCAGUCUUGCCUAAAUCGAGCGAAGCGACUGGACGUGCUGCGAACUGGCUUUUCGCAGAGGCCAGAACUCGAAACCAGAAAACCAGCACUCGGAACUCCUGUCUGUCUUCUAGAUUGCAAUCGACCCAGUGGAACGAGGGGCACAGCAGUGGCUGCGCUGUAACCCCGAAUUAAAACAAAGUUUUCUUUGUAUUCCCGACACUAAUGAAGUGAAUUGGAUACCUAAAAGUCAACUUCUACACGGGCGAGUUUUACUUAAAUUAUAUAUUCGUGUUUCCCUUUAUACCACUGCCAUCUUUAUACUUUGGAAUACUUGUUCUGUUUACUUUUGUGUGCUACAGGAGUUAUGAUGUUUGUGAAGAUUUUUUUUGUGUUUGUGCUACGAAUUGCAUCUUGACGUGAAUCGAGUGCUUUUAAACACAUCCUGCCAAAAAUCUCGAGCUUACUGGAUGACACCAAUUUGGACGCACAUCGUUUUAAGCACAUUUCUGAGAAAAUAUUAAUUGUGUUGCGGUUUAAACAUUUGCUGAAAAUUUACAACAUUUUCUAAGAUCUGGAAUCUGUUACCAAGAACUUCCAAACUUUUGCAAAUUUCGUAUACCUCUUGUGGAUAUAGUGUCGUUUUUAACUUUUAAAUUUUUUUCUCCAGUUGCGUUAAUUAAUAAUGUGUGUACAUCUCUUGUGAAAGUACAACUGCUUUUUGUGUUUUCGAUGGCUGAUACAUAUUGCUAAUUUGUGGUGUUUGAAUUAAAUUUACAAUGGCUUUCCGUGGUGGUAAGCGCAAAGAUGUCAAAAAGCAAUCCUAUUAUGUGUGGUUUCUGGGUGCCAAAGAGAGCAAGGGACUUCGUGGUGAGGAAUACAUCCGGCCGGUCCUGCGACACCUGGUGGACAAAGAACGUGAAUUAGAGCCCAUGAAGGUGACAUUGCAAGUAAGCACCAAAGGCCUGAAGAUCAUCCAAAACGUCCCCCGCAAAUCCAACAGCAAAUCGAAUGGCACAAAAACCGAACAGAUCAAGCAUUUUAUUCCGCACCAUGCCAUUACGUGCGUCAUGCAGGAAUGCAAACCCAACGACGACGUAGUUUGCUGCAUAUUGCUCAUUUAUAAUCCUCUAACUAAAUGCCCGGUGCAUGUUCACGCGUACCGAUGUGAUUCGGUAGAGACAGCAAGCACACUCAGGUCGCAACUGCAGAUUUUGAUAGACCGGCCGGAAAAUCAGAAAAAGUUCCGUGAGAUCGAAAAUCGUUUGGCAGCCAAGGGUUUAUUACCCACUAGGGGGCAGAAUUCGGAUGGACGGUCAACGCGGACGGACGGAUCGGAUCGGACGGAAGAUUCUUCCGGAGGUUCUUCAGAGCGUGAGGUUGGCGUUCGAAAGGAACACAUCGCAAGUCUGUACGAUUCGCUGGCUGCAGAACUUCGGGAGAGGCUGAACAACCCCAACAGUUGCCCCAUCCUCCUACCACCCAAGGAUUACGACACUGUCAGCAGGCGACAGGGCAAGCUGGACGGCAUCGACAGUCGCCGUAGUACAAACUAUAACCUCGUUGGACUAACAAAGACGACGGUUCCUCUAAUACAUCAGACUGGAGGCAAGUCACCACCCAAAGCACAAGAUUCAACGAGUGCGAAAUCUUCAGGGGGUAAAUCCAGCAACAAGUCAAGCAGCGGCAUCGGGUCGGACGAGGCUCUGAGUUCAGCGAUACAAGAAGUCUCCUCACAUCCAGAUUUCGAGAGCAAAGCGAUAGACCCAGACACCAGUUCCGACGAAGACGACGAUGAUGAUGAAGAGUGGCCUCCAGCCGUUGACGACGAAGACGACGACGACGAGGAAGACGAAGUUGUGCCCUCGUACGAGUGGAGACGUGCCGCGCCAAGAUUCGCCGCAGCCCCGCGUCGCAGUCGAUCAUCGCCAGACGACGAUGACGAUCCUCGAUUUGCGAGGCAGCCUAGGGGCGUGCGAGGCAUUGUGGACAAAUUCGAACGUCGAACUAACUCUCCGCCUCCCCCAGAACCUACUCAGCCUCCUCUAAACCGGAAAAACGGUAGACGGUCCGACCCUUACUCGGACCACAAUCCUUACCGACCGGACAUUGCCGAUCUGCCCCCGGAAUCGAAGCAACAUUUCGAAGUGGUGUACAGACGACACAGCAAUCCUUUAGAAAAGAAGCCCCAUCGAGAACCACGACCUGUGUCUUAUCCUGCCGCCGUGCUCGAUCCGGUUUCUCCAAGGCCCGUCGCCAAGUCCAGACCAGAACACCCCCCUGCCUCAGAUCCACACCGUCCCAAGUACAAAGAGCAGCUUCCUCGACAAAUCUUCGGCGACAACGUUCUUUUGGACCAUCCACAAAGGUUCCCGGGGAAUUUCGAACGUUACUCGCCUUCCCACGCCUUGCCAGAGUUCUAUCGUGAAACCCGUCCCGUGUCGUCUUCCCCGCUUGGUGUCCGGCAGUUCAGGUCGCCGGAAAGACAGUCUUCCGAAAUGUAUCCCAGACAACGUCAAGCCAGCGUCACAGAUCUGCGGCAGGACAGAGCUUUUCCGUCGAGAUACGUGGAACCUUAUCCUGGUUCCAGACCCACCUACCACCCCCCUCCGAACGAAGAACGAAGACGUUCGGGGUACUUCGAUUUACCGGUGGAUCCUAGAG